UGUUGCGCUCGGUCACUCUUUCUUUCCAAAGGGGAAAACGCUCUGAGAAUUCGCUUUUUUUGCGACUAUGAGGGAAACCUGUGAUUUUUAAAAGGACUACAAGAAUAUUUAAGUACUGUUGGCACAAAGUCUCAAACAUCUUUUCGCUUGUGAUGCCCGCUGGGAUGUUUAGUAUCGACAGCAUCUUGGCAGGGAGACCCAGCUGCAAGGACUCGGUUCUGCUCCAUCGGAAUGCUCCGGUUGUGUUCUCCAACUUGACGGAAUCCUUGUACACAGCAGCUGGCGAUUUUAAUGGACUGUAUUCACACACCGGACCUCCAGCUCCUAACUUACAGUCGGUAAAUGGAACCAGGAUAGGCUACAACAACUACUACUAUGGACAACUUCAUGUCCAGGGGCCGACUGGACCAGCUUGCUGUGGCACAAUACCAACUCUCGGCUCGCAACAGUGCCCGUGUAUUCCUACAGGCUAUGACAGCGCCGGCUCAGUACUUAUUUCUCCAGUCCCACAUCAGAUGAUGUCGUACAUGAAUGUGGGCACCUUAUCCAGAACCGAACUACAGCUACUCAACCAGUUACACUGUCGGCGCAAGAGACGACACCGAACUAUUUUCACCGACGAGCAACUGGAGGCACUGGAGAACCUUUUCCAAGAAACCAAAUACCCUGAUGUUGGCACAAGAGAGCAAUUGGCACGAAAGGUGCACCUACGCGAAGAGAAAGUAGAGGUUUGGUUCAAAAACAGACGAGCAAAAUGGAGAAGACAGAAAAGGUCGUCGUCAGAGGAAUCAGAAAACUCACAGAAAUGGAACAAAUCCACGAAAACAACCACAGAGAAAAUCGAGGAGGGAAAAAGUGACGUGGAUUCUGACAGCUGA